UUGGCUCAUUUAGAAAAUAAUAUAUACAUAUAUAUUUUAUAUUUAGCUCCUCUCUUACACAGUGUUUUAUACAAGUAAGUAAUCCAAAAUAAUAAAUAAAAAAUAAAAAAUAAAAUCAUUGGUGCUCUCCAAUGGCUACGUUACUUUCCCCUAUAUGCGCAGAAGCACUGAGCUUCCAAAACCCAUUAUUGAAUUCGGGCUCCAGAGCCCCAUGUCGGGUGUUGACUCGGCCCAGCAGUGCUCUGACUAUGACAGGUCAUGGCGGCAGGAGAAAAGGCUGUGGCCGAGUGAAGGUCGCGGCGGAUGAAUCUGCUUCGGUGGACGCAAUAGCUGAUGAUUAUUACGAGGUCUUAGGCCUGCUCCCAGAUGCCACACCAGCACAGAUAAAAAAGGCUUAUUAUAACUGCAUGAAAGCUUGUCAUCCGGAUUUGAGUGGCAAUGAUCAAGAGACCAAUAAUUUUUGCAUGUUUAUUAAUGAAGUCUAUGCGGUGCUCAGUGACCCCGUUCAACGCAUGAUAUAUGAUGAAAUUCAUGGCUAUGCAUUGACUGCGAUCAACCCAUUUUUUGAUGAUUCAAGCACAAAAGAUCAUGCCUUUGUUGACGAGUUUAGCUGCAUAGGUUGUAAAAACUGUGCUAAUGUUGCUCCGGAUGUAUUUGACAUAGAGGACGAUUUUGGAAGAGCUAGAGUAUACAACCAAUGUGGGAACGUAGAAUUAGUUCAGCAAGCGAUUGAGAGUUGCCCGGUUGAUUGCAUCCACUGGACUUCUGCUGCGCAGCUAUCACUGCUCGAAGAUGAAAUGCGUAGGGUAGAAAGAGUAAAUGUUGCAUUGAUGCUUUCAGGAAUGGGAUUAUCAUCAGUAGACGUCUUCAGAAUGGCAAGUUCUCGAUGGAAUAAGAGGCAAGCAAGAGUAUUGGAACAAGCUAAAAUAAGGAUGAUGCAGCAGAAAAACGGUAAUGACACCGAGUCAUACUGGAGUAAUCUUUGGGGAAACACAAAAGAUUACCAAAGUUCAGAAGAGGAACUGAAGGAAAGAUCGAAAAGAGCGGCUGCAGCCGCUCGGCGCUGGAGGGAGUACUCAAGGAAGGGUGCUGAUAAACGUCCAACAUUUAAACUUCCGGAGGCAAUGUCCAACAACGAAAAAAACUAACCAUUUAUUUAAUUGGGUUCCUUAGUAAGUAAUUAAAUUAUGAUUAUGCUAUAAUAAAACUGUAAUUGGAAUUGAUUAGUCUACAAAUUUUCACUGGAGACAAUCCUUAGCUCUACAUAUAAACCUCAGGUCUUGGUCUUGUACAAUUCAUUCUGAUCCGGGAUCUCUGUAAUUAUACAUAUGUAUAUAAACAAUAUUUAUAGAUUUGUAAAUUGCAUAAAUUUAAAUA